UCUGCCAUUUCUGCGAUGCCACCCCCGGGCCGCACCGGGGCGCUGCGGCCCCGCCAAAGCUGGGCCGUUGUUGGAUGCGAAGGGGCGUGCAGGCUUCUGGGGACCCUCAGGGCGGCGGCUGCGCGCGGGGCGGCUGCGGCUCUUCCACCUGUCACCCUGGCCCUUCUCUGCUUGGACGGCGUCUUCCUCUCCCCGACCGAGAAUGAUUUUGUGCACCGCGUCCAGGAGGAGCUGGACCGCUUCCUGGUGCAGAAGCAACUGUCAAAGUUACCCAGUUCAGACGGACUCUCUGGCCCCUGUCGCCCUCCUGCCUCCCGCCCUGGCAAGUACCAAGGUCCUCAGCCCACUUCAAACCAGGGAGCGCCUGCUGGCCCCCGAAAGGCCCGGGCUGGCCGGUGGCAUCGAGGGCGCAAGCCCGACCAGGCUUUGUAUGUGCCCCGGGUCCUACGCAGACAAGAAGAAAGGGCUCCACCUGCGACCCCAGAGCUCAAGGUUGACUCUCCAGCUGGCAGGCUCCUGGAAGAGCCUGGAGAUGUUGGUGCUGGGGACCCCAGCUCUGAUCAGGAGCCCCCUGUGUUGAUGACUCAGGCAACAGAGGACCUAAAGAGCCCGGGCCAGCGAUGUGAGAAAAAGCAGCUGCUGAACCCAGUGGGCACUGAGCCCUCGGGGCCUAGGGACCGCUCAGGGGCGGGAGACAGCCUGGAGGUGGCCACACAGCUUGAGUGCAGUCUGCAGCUGGACUUGGAAGAGGGGAACGGGAGAGAGCUGGAGAAGGGCCUGGCCGCAGAGGAGGAAGAGGAAGAGGAGGGGCCUGGCGGCUGCUCCGAGGAUGAUUACAGUGAGCUGCUGCAGGAGAUAACGGACAACCUGACUGAGAAGGAGAUUCAGGUAGAGAAGAUCCACGUGGACACGUCCUCCUUCGCAGAGGAGCUGCCUGGAGAGCAGGAUUUUGGCCACGUGGUGGAGAUCUACGACUUUCAGCCGACACUCAAGACGGAGGACCUGCUGGCAGCAUUUUCCGAGUUCCAAGAGAAGGGGUUCAAGAUUCAGUGGGUGGACGACACGCACGCGCUUGGCGUCUUUCCCUGCCUGGCCUCAGCUGCUGAAGCCCUGGCCAAGGAUUUCUCAGCACUUAAGAUCCGGCCCCUCACGCAGGGCACCAAGCAGUCAAAGCUGAAAGCCUUGCAGAGGCCAAAGCUCUUGCGUCUGGCGAAAGAGAGACCACAGACAAAUACAGCAGUGGCCCAGAGGCUGGUGGCUCGGGCCCUGGGACUUCAACACAAAAAGAAAGAACGGCCUGCAGUCGAGUCUCCUGCCUCCCCGAGGCCCUGAGAAGCCCAGCCAGCCUGGAUCGGCGCCCCCCCCCCCCCCCAGGACAAGCUGGUGCCUCAACACCGCAAGCCUUUACAGAGACCAGAACAGCCCUGCACCCUCAUUGGAGCACCACUGUGGGGCGUGGUGGGCUUCAGUUUGGUUUAGUUCCAGAAAUUGAGAAAAAAUAAAAACUUAAAGCUUGUUAUAAUGUGAUCGCUUCAAAAUGUGGUCUGCCAUGGGGCACUAGGGGGUGCUGUUUGUCUCCCAUUUUAGACUUGGGGCUACUGAAGAAAUUGGCCGCUCCAGGAGACUGGCCUAGAGGAUCCCAGCUGGGCCUCCCAGGCGUUUUUGCACAGAGCCUGCCCAGCUUUAGGGGGUAGGUGGCACCUGUUUGGAGGGUAGGUUGACACCUGCCCAGUCUCCCAUUACAAGCUGGGGAGCUGCAGAGCGACUGCAGGCUAAUGGCAAUGCUGAGGGACCCGCCCCACGCACUGGUCCUGGUGUUCCCUGUCAGUGCAAGCUACAAAGGACACCUUGCAGAAAUAAACAUGAACAAAGCCAAAAGGUAAACUCUGAAAUAUCCACUGAGUUUGCCUCCCUCACAGAAACAGAUGCAAGGACAUCUUUGUGGGGACAGGUCCCAGCAGACUCAUUUUUCUGGUUCAGAUGGAGUUGGUGCUGAGGUGACUGCCUGGCACUUUGAGGUCAUUGUGGAGUCUCUGAUUUGCUGGCUGUAGCACGCCCUUGCCACAAGUGGGAGCCGUGUCUGGGUGAGAG